GAUGCGGGGGGCGGGCUGGGGUGCCCUCCUGGUUGCAUCCUGACUAGACCGGGGCUGACCCCGGCGGGCCUGGCUGGCCUGGCGCAGAGGAGCGGUGGCCAGGAUCUCUGUCACUAUUGGAGUUCUUGAGGCCGAAUCUGGCUCCUAAGAAACGUCAAAGGAAGCCUGCACCAAAGACCUCUCAGGGCCAUCUCAGAAGCCUGCUUCCACCUACCGUGUGAGGCAAAAUGGUUCACCCCACAGGUGCGCUCUCUUCAUUGCUGCUGCUGGUGACCCUUACAGGUUGUGCCUGUACGCAGUGCAGUGAGGGGAGGACGUAUUCCAAUGCCAUCAUUUCUCCUAACUUGGAAACUAGCACAAUCAUGCCAGUGCCUCAAACCACCCCCGUGGUAGACUGCACAUCCGCCUGCUGUGACCUGCACAGCUGUGACCUGGCCUGGUGGUUUGAGGGCCGUUGCUACCUGGUGAGCUGCCCUCGCAAAGAGAACUGCGAGCCCAAAAAGAUGGGCUCCAUCAGGUCUUACCUGACCUUUGUGCUCAGGCCUGCCCAGAGGCCCGCACAGCUGCUGGACUACGGGGAGGUGAUGCUGAACAGGGGUGCCCCGUCAGGAAUCUGGGGGGACUCACCCGAGGAUAUCAGAAAGGACUUGGCCUUCCUGGGCAAGGAUCGGGGUCUGGAGGAGACGUCUGAGUACUCAGAUGACUACAGAGAACUGGAGCAGAGCCUCUUGCAGCCCAUCAGCAAGCAGGAGCCCCGAGGGAGCGCCGAGUACACGGAUUGGGGCUUGCCGGCCGGUGGCAAGGGAGGUUUCAACUCCUCUGCUGGAGACAGCCCAGCAACACCAGCGGAGAAGCAGCAGGAGAGCCCAGAGCUCCACAGGCUGAAUGAGUCGGCCUGGACCCCGGCCCCAAAACCCUCCCCCGGGGGAAGGUUUUUGCUUCCCUUGGUCACUACUCCACCUUCAGGAAAGGAACUGGAGAAAGAGACUUUUCAGCUCCAGGAGCAAUCCAGCAACAGCUCUGGAAAAGAGGUCCUAAUGCCUUCCCAUAAUCCUUCUCCAACCAGUCUGGAGUUCAACCCAGCCACCGUGGAGAAAAGCCCAGCUCUCACAGUCACCCCAUGGAGCACAGAGCAUAGCAUUUCAACCCUUCCCACUAGCACCCUCCCCACUGAGUCCACCCCGUCUCAGCAACCUGUAUCUGCUCCUACUCCUCCCAGGACAGUGAAAGAACUCAUGGUGUCUGCUGGUGAUAACCUAAUAAUAACUUUGCCGGAAAAUGAAGUUGAACUGAAGGCGUCUGUUGUGCCAGCGCCACCUGCAGAAACAACCUACAACUAUGAAUGGAGUUUAAUAAGCCACCCUGAAGACUACCAAGGUGAAAUAAAACAAAGACACACACAAACUCUUAAUGUCUCUCAGUUGUCAGUAGGACUUUAUGCCUUCAAAGUAGCAGUUUCUAGUGAAAAUGCCUUUGGAGAGGGAUUUGUAAAUGUCACCAUUAAGCCAGCCGGAAGAGUCAACCUGCCUCCCGUGGCAGUUGUUUCUCCCGAGAGACAGGAGCUCACUCUGCCUCUGACGUCGGCCCUCAUCGAUGGCAGCCACAGUACAGAUGAUACUAAAAUAGUGAGUUAUCACUGGGAAGAAGUUAAUGGGCCCUUCCAAGAAGAGAAGACCUCAGCUGAUACCCCCAUCUUACAUCUGUCUAACCUUGUUCCUGGAAACUAUACUUUCAGAUUGACUGUUACAGACUCAGAUGGAGCCAUUAGCUCCACAACAGCAGCCCUAAUAGUCAACAGUGCUGUGGACCAUCCACCAGUUGCCAAUGCGGGACCAAAUCAGACCAUAACUUUGCCCCAAAACUCCAUCACUUUGAAUGGAAACCAGAGCAGUGAUGAUCACCAGAUUGUCCUCUAUGAGUGGUCCCUGGGGCCCGGGAGUGAGAGCAAAGAGGUGGCCAUGCAGGGAGUAGAGACACCGUACCUUCAUUUGUCUGCAAUGAAGGAAGGAGAUUAUACAUUUCAGCUGAUGGUAACAGAUUCUUCAAGGCAGCAAUCCACAGCUGUGGUCACUGUGAUUGUCCAGCCUGAAAACAACAGGCCUCCGAUGGCUGUCGCCGGCCCGGAUCAGGAGCUGGUCUUCCCAGUGGAAAGCACCACCCUGGAUGGGAGCAGGAGCAGUGAUGACCAUGGCAUUGUUUUCUACCACUGGGAGCAUGUCAGAGGCCCCAGCACAGUGGAGAUGGAAAACAUCGACAAAGCUAUAGCCAAAGUAAGCGGUCUUCAGGUGGGUACCUACCACUUCCGUUUAGCGGUGAAAGACCAGCAGGGACUAAGCAGCACGACCACCCUCAGCGUGACCGUGAGGAAGGAAAAUAAUAGUCCUCCCAGAGCCCAGGCUGGUGGCAGACAUGUUCUUGUGCUUCCCAAUAACUCCAUUACUUUGGAUGGUUCAAAGUCUACUGAUGACCAAGGAAUUGUGUCCUAUCUGUGGAUCCGGGACGGCCAGAGUCCAGCAGCUGGAGAUGUCAUGGAUGGCUCUGACCACAGCAUGGCCCUGCAGCUCACCAACCUGGUGGAAGGGGUCUACACUUUCCACCUGCGAGUCGCUGACGGUCAGGGCGCCUCUGAUAUGGACACUGCCACCGUGGAAGUGCAGCCAGACCCGAAGAAGAGCGGCCUGGUGGAGCUGAUCCUGCAGGUUGGCGUUGGGCAGCUGACGGAACAGCAGAAGGACACCCUUGUGAGGCAGCUGGCGGUGCUGCUGAAUGUGCUGGACUCCGACGUCAAGGUUCAGAAGAUUCAGGCCCACUCGGAUCUCAGCACCGUGAUUGUGUUUUAUGUACAGACUGGGCCACCUUUCAAGGUCCUCAAAGCUGCGGAAGUGGCCCGAGAUCUGCACAGGCGGCUCUCAAAGGAAAAGGCUGAUUUCUUGCUUUUCAAAGUCUUGAGGAUUGACACAGCAGGGUGCCUCCUGAAGUGUUCUGGCCAUGGUCACUGUGACCCCAUCACAAAGCGCUGCAUUUGCUCGCAGUUGUGGAUGGAGAACCUGAUCCAGCGUUAUAUCCAGGAUGGGGAAAGCAACUGUGAGUGGAGUGUAUUCUAUGUGACAACAUUGGCUCUAACUAUUGUCGUGCUAACAGGGGGUUUAACUUGGCUUUGCAUCUGCUGCUGCAAGAGACGAAAAAGGACUAAAAUAAGGAAAAAAACAAAGUACACAAUCCUGGAUAACAUGGAUGACCAGGAAAGAAUGGAGCUGAGGCCCAAAUAUGGUAUUAAGCACCGAAGCACAGAACACAACUCCAGCCUGAUGGUGUCUGAGUCUGAGUUUGACAGUGAUCAGGACACAAUCUUCAGCCGAGAGAGGAUGGAGCGAGGGAAUCCAAAGGUUUCCGUGAAUGGAUCCAUCAGAAACGGAGCUUGCUUCAGCUAUUGCUCAAAGGACAGAUAAUGGAGCGGUUGUGAAAUGGAAGGACGCCCACAGGAAUCCUUUAAUCCAGGACAGUCAAUGGGAGUUAAAAACAAAACUAACUCUUGUUAGAAUAGCGUGUUCCCAUCCUUUCACACUGGGCUGGAGGUGUGUCCCCGUAUUUUAAAAGACCUGUCUUCCUGGGGUUUUUGAGACACAAACCAAAACAAAAACAUUGCUCUUUUAACUGAGAUGCUUGUCAAUGGGAAUAAAGGUUGGGUAAGACGCUAAGGUAUAUACUUAAAAGAGUUUUGUGUUUUUGUAGCUGGCACAGUGUUGUGUUCCUAUGUUAAGAGAAGGAUUAACCUGUUUCUAUCUGCAGACCCUUGUGGAGGAUGAGUUCAACAUGAUGUAAAGAGGGCCAAUUUCUCUUAGGAGCUGUGAUUGCCUUUAAAGACGACUUUCCAAGCGUGGUUUCUGUCGUAGGACCCUUGGAGUCCGAGGGCUGUGUGUCUAUAUAUACAUAUAUAUGAGAUACUUUAUCGGAGGAAUGGCUUGUCCUCUGUCCAGCAAGUUUUCUGUGCUGAAGAGACACCCAUACAGAGCCCAGCUCUCCUGUUUUCGCUCCUCCGCUACGGCCAACCGCCACUUCUGUGCUCUCUCUAGAGAGCAGCUCUUGGAAGUUCGAGAGCUAAAUAAGAAUUGUAUUCUGAGGACUGGAGGCAACAGAGAGGGAGGUGGGGUUUGCUGACUUGUAGGUUGAAGGUUGAAGGUAGCAUUUUAGCGUGUUUCACCUUUUCUUUCUCCGAAAAACGAGCCACACCGAGGCCUCUCUCAGCCCCAGUUUACAUGAAACACAGGAAAAAAGAUGAUUAAUUCCUUAGACAUUUAUUGAGUAUGUGCUAUAGGCCAUGCAUUUGGACCUCUAUCAGUAGGAAUAAAGACUCAGCAACUUUGUAAUAUAUACAGUCGGGCCUCCGUGUCCACGGAUGCAGGACCCGUAGGGAUGUGGGCCCCACGGAUGCAGAGGUGGGAGGGUGGGGGAGGGCCGACUGUAUUCCCAGACUCUGAAAUACAAUCAGUCUUAAUGAGGAUGGUGUGCUUAUGAUACUCGGCCCCUACAGGUACUUUCCCGAAUAACUUGACAUAGAUAUCCACUUCAUAUGUUUAAAAAUAUAUUUAUUAAACCAUUUUCUACUAAAUAUCUUAUUUUAAAUAUGUGAAAAAAAAAUUAAAGCAUCCCCAACUACAGAGCAGCACCCCAGAGCAAGGACUUGGAGUUAAUUGUAGCCUGACAAGUUGGUUAGCUGAUGAUCGUUCCCCAUCCGCCCAUGGUCCUGAGGCUGGAGGCCUGGGUGGUGCCCUUGGCAUUCUUUGUGGAGAGAUUAGAAUCAGAGGUGGGGCCCGUCACAGACAAGCGUGACCACACCUAAGCAAUAUUCUGUUGCACAAGCUUCUGUCACACGAGGGGAAAACUAGGAUUGCUUUGCUAUGACUAAGUGGAGAAGCAAAGUGAUUAAACUGUCAGGUUUAAAUCAUCAGGACAGGACAAUAGAGAAAACAGUUCCCAUGGGCCUUUGAAAAAAAUUAAGCUUUCUGCUGCUUUUGUUCUUGCCGCUAAUAUUCAUCCUCAUGAGACCGUCUUAUUUUUAAUUAUUCUACUUUAUAGGGAAUGGCAAAAAAAAAAGUAAAAAGCACAGGAGUGUGAUUUUAUUUUUAAAAUAAUUUCUCUGCUUAUGUCUACACUAUCUGUAUAGCCAGCCGGUUCAAUACUAUCGAUGGUGUUAGAAGGAAAAUGUGAUGCUUUUUACAUGAAUAUUUAGCUUCAUACACUUAAAAUCUGCCCUACCCAAUGGCCAGGGUUAUGUUAUUUUUGUGCACAACUGGAAAUUUCUGGCACAGAGGAUGGCAGCCUCAAUAUGAGGUCAGUAGAGCACAAUGAUGGAGAAGGGAGUGAUCAUCUGUUACGUGCUAUGUACAUAAUACACGUAUUUUACAUACUCCAUUAAUCCUUACAGUCAUCCUGGAAAAGUAGAUAUUAUUCUCAUGUUGCACAUAAUGAAGGCCCAGAGAGUUUAAGUAACUUGCUCAAGGUCACGGCCAAUUAGUGGUGGAUCUAGGAAUCGAAUGCAAAUUUUGUAAGCUGCAAAGUCCGUGGAUUCCACCCUCCUCCCCUACACAAAGAACUCCCACCUCCAAGUGUUGGAGGGCAAAUUCUGGUGGACCUUUUGGACCACUUGGAAGUUCUGUUCCUAGGACCAAGGAUUCCCUUUGUGAAGAAAGCAAAAGACAAAGGGAGAGAAGCCUGCCUCAUCUCUUCUGUUGGAUCACCCCCAGGGCCACCCCUCCAGGUCACUCCUCCUUUUCUGUCUCCAGCCCAGCUGGUCUGAUCUUUCCACCACAGAUGGAUCUUGAAUCUAUGGUGGAGCGGAAAUAAAGACCACACCAGUGAUCAGAAAGUGGGUCCUCUCUUGUCAUCAGAGGAGCAGAGCGCGAGGUGGAAUGGCAGCCAACAUUCUUCUCUUGUGCACUUUGCAUUAAGGGCCUUGGGAAGAUGAAGCUCACUAGGAGCUCAGGAUAGAUGAGAAAAGCGGGGCCCGAGAAUGUGGGAGAGAGCAUUGGUAGGGCUCACAGGCUGACAAGAUUCUUAGCUGCUUUGGCUGAAGUCUUGGUUUUAGUUUUUUUAAUGUUAUCUUUUUCCCAUGUAUUGACAACGUAUCAUUUCCAAUAUAACACUAUUAAACAUAUAUGCUGAUCUGAAUAAAGGUGUCUGUAUUCUCUGUAACGCCUCCUUGUUGUUGUGGAGGAUGGGAAUACUUAUUCUUAACGCUUCUGUGUGGAGGGAUUUCCCUGGAGUAGGAGGCAGCAGGCUGGUCCACGACCUGUUUUUGUGCAGCCGGUGA